AUGUAUUUCUUGGUCAAGAAGCCUACGUGGCUGGCUUUUGAUCCAAAUGAGUAUUGUGACGAAGAGGUGCGCAUGCUGCAAGUGCGGCACAGAGAUGGCAGUUCAAAUACAAAGCUUGUAAAGUUUGAGGAUGGCACAUGGUAUUUGAAGAAUGGAAGCCAGAUGUUUGCACUGAAAAGCACGGGCAUGAAGAGACACACAGGAAUAGGAGCUCAGAAUGGAAGAACUGUGGAGAUCAAAGAGGUCGUUGAGAGCAAAUGGUUUGUAAAGGCAAAUGAGGCAGAAGAAAAAAUGUGA